CAGCAAUCAGCAUAGGCAGUUAGCUUCACCCGGACCUCAGCAGAAUAGACAGCACAGGUGGGGCGUGGAACUUGCCCACACUUACUUUGGAGGUUCUCUUUCUGUAGCAGCAUUCUUGUGGUGCAUCUCAGUGGUUUCUAUACCCUUUGUGCAUCUACUCUCCUGAGGAGAAGAAUUCACUGGAAUCUGCAGCAGGAUGAAGCUUUCCACUGGACUCCUUUUCUGCCUUCUGCUCCUGGGUGCUGAUGGCCAAAGCUGGUGGUCAUUUGUCAGGGAAGCUGGUCAAGGGACUAGAGACAUGUGGCGAGCUUACUCUGACAUGAGAGAAGCCAAUUACAAAAAUUCGGACAAAUACUUCCAUGCGCGGGGGAACUAUGAUGCUGCCCAAAGGGGACCUGGAGGUGUCUGGGCUGCUAGAGUGAUCAGCGAUGCCAGGGAAGGUAUUCAGAGUCUCUUGGGCCAUGGAGCAGAGGACACAAGAGCUGACCAGUUUGCCAAUGAAUGGGGCCGGAGUGGCAAAGACCCCAACCACUUCCGACCUGCAGGUCUGCCUAGCAAGUACUGAGCUUCCUCCUCACUCUGCUCUCAAGAAAACACAGCACUGAAACCCUGAUGGCUGGGACAUUUGCUGAACCAGUUGUAUAAUUUGAUGUCUCAUUAGUUAACAUAGAACACAUUAAAAUGUUUAACCAAUG